GCUAUCUCAGUGUUGUAUUCACAGAAAGAGGAGUUGAGGACAGCUGCUUGUGACUUUUGGUGCCCUGCUGUUCGACUUGAUGUGAAGGAUAAAGAGCAGCCCACCGGAGUUCAGUGGUUCCCAAAUUACUCCGACCUUAGAACAGCUCUUGAAAUAUAUGGGUUUCUUUUAGACGUUCCACCACAGGGAGAGUCAGCAAUCGUUGGUGAGAGUCAUGUUAAUAGAAAGGCCCUCUCUGUCAGAUGUCCCACGUUUUCUUCUUCUUCUGUUUAUGGAUUUCAGAUGUCCUGCAUCAGGGGUAAAAGGUGUAUCUUUUUUUCUUCAGAGGCAGAAACAUUACUGGAGGUUGUGGUUCUUCUGUCUCUUGAUCGCAAGCUGGAAGGAUUCCUGCUACUUCUGCAUGAAACUGUACAGUCUGUCAUCAAUUAUUUCACAGAUGAGGAAUGGCAGGGAGCAUGCCAAAAUGUUGCUAGAUCUCUUGCUUGCAGGAAUCAACCCCGUGCUAAUAACUUCAGAGCUGCAGUUUCUCAUCAACUUCUGCUUAAUUGUUUUGAUAAGGUGAACAAUGAGGAGGGGAUUCUCAGUUGCCUUAUCGCCAUUAAUAUGGUGGAGAAAGAAUGCGAUCUGUUCAAAAUGUACAUAUACCUUACUUUGACAGAAAAUUGGCUGCUCUCCACCUCAGUGCUAGAAGACAAGCCACUAAUGUGUGAGAUGUGGGGUGUUUACUUGCGUCAUUGUACUUUCCAAAUUAGCCACGGGGAUUUGAGACCCUAUGCAGCAAAGAUUCGGGCUAAAGCAACUUAUCUGCUUCACUCGAAGACCAAGAAAUAUUGAUUAGUAGGCCAGGUAUGUCCCUAUAUAGACCCUAGACACCAUGAACAGAACCAAGAGAACUGGCUGCCUGUGGACUGAUUGACUGGAAUUAGAUGUAUGAAAUUCUGUUAGGGCUAGAAGCCUAGAAUCUUUGCUGCACCAUCAAGGGGCUGACUGUUUCAACUGUGUGGUCUUUAGCCAACAUCGACCAAUCUGGUAAAGAUUGGAAAGCCUGGAGAGGGUUAUGAAGCGUCAGCAAUGUUGCAUUCUUGCUGGCGCAUCUCCCGACUUCCCCUGAUCCACAUUCACUGAUGGACUCAUUCUUGACUCGCUCUGUCUUGUCGUGGGCUAAUGAACCUGUAGCUAUUUUUAGUGUUCUGAACUCGACUUUCUUUGCAAAAUGACGAUAAGAUGAUUCCAAGUAGUCAAACACUUCCACUUGGCAAUGAGAGGCCACAGGAUGUGCACGAGGCUGUGAUCUAAACUGUUUUGCAGGUGGAAGGCAGCAGAAAACCAGUAAUGUUGGCAUCUUCGAGAUUCCCCUGAUCCGCCUUCACCGAGGGACUCGUUCUUGACUCGCCUGGUCUCGCCAUGCCUACAAACAUAAAGACCACACAACAAGAACAACACGGCUAAAGACAAGAUCAUAGAAACAGUACUAGAGGUAGAAGUUCUGUUAUGUGGUAAAGUAACGUACAUGCGACAGUAACGGUCAGGAGUACUAGUAGAAGCAGUGAUGAUGACGAGAAUGCGAGUUUGAAGGAGACAGGCUUCCCCAUGAUUUUCGGAAGGGUACCUCGUAGGAUAUCGACCCGUCUAUUCGAUUGAUUUUGAAUGGAUGUGCAGGAAGAGGUGCUCUUAGGUCGAUAUGCCUUAGGGGUUAUUCAUAGUGUGGGAGAGAGACCCGAUAAUUCCAAUUUAGUGGCUAUGGUUUCAUAGUUUGUGAUCUCUAUAACACUUCAAGUUAUAUUCAUUCAUUUGUUUGUUUGUUAUGGUAUCGUUUGGUUGCAUGGUCCGGCUAAGUCCUAGAUUACAAGGAUACUAGUGUCAUCCAAAAAGUAGUUAUACUUAAAUAUUCAUG